AUGAGCCAUCAUCCGAACUCUGUGGGUCCCAGCGAGGCCCUCGGUCUGUCUGCAUCCCUGUCUCCUCCUCCCCCACAUUGCCACGGUGAUGAAGAAGAGGAGGACCUGAACAAAGCGUUUGAUGUCCAGUGUUUUCAGCAGAUCCUUUGUCCUGCAGCUCGGAGUCCGCCAGAGAAACACAGAGUCUACGAUGAGCGGGACUUUGAAGAUCAUCGUCACUCUUCUCUCCACGUCCACCAUCCUCUGUCCAAACCUCCUGCUGAUAGCAGGAGGAAGAGGAGUGGCGAGGGGAGGAAGGACGUGAGGAGAGGCUCCGCCCCCAGCACUGCAGCCACCAUAGAAGAAGACCAGGAGGAUGACGGCGAGGAGGAAUCCUUCACUCAGACCGAUGGAGAUGAGGGCCAGACGACUUCACACUCCAGCGACCCGCUCACCAGCUCGACCAUUCACAAUGGCCUCUCACCUGGCUGCCUCAUGAUAAGCAUUGGUCCUGAUGAGGCCGACGAGGCCGAGACACUGACGUCUGUCGACCUGGACGGCAUCAAGAGUCACCGACUGGACGACGUCCCAGCCGUGAGGCGUCACCUGGUGAGGCGGAGCUCCAGAGGACCAAUCAUCCACGUCAGCAAAGAUCAGAGCAGCAGCCAAACUCAGUCUCAGCUCCAACACCUCCAACACCUCCAACCAGACCGUACACCUCAUGAGGUGUUCGUGGAGCUGAAUGAGCUAGUGAUCGACAGGAACCAGGAGCUGCAGUGGAGGGAGACAGCUCGAUGGAUCAAGUUUGAGGAGGAGGUGGAGGAGGAGACGGAGCGCUGGGGGAGACCUCACAUCCCCUCCCUCUCCUUCCGCUCCCUGCUGGAGCUCCGAAAAACCAUCUCCCACGGGGCGGUGCUCCUGGACCUGAAGCAGAGGACUCUGCCCGGGAUCGCCCAGCAAGUGGUGGAGCAGAUGGUGAUCUCAGACCAGAUCAAAGCUGAAGACCGGGCCAAUGUCCUGAGAGCUCUGCUGCUCCGACAUAGUCAUCCCAGUGAUGAGAAAGAUCACAGCUUGUUCAGCAGGAACAUCUCUGCUGCCAACAUGGCCACCCUGAUGGACAGACAAUUGGCCAAUCAGAACCAUCCAACCACCUGACCAAUCACAGAGAGGCUGACGCAGAGAAUAACAAGUGUGUAUGAUGUCAUUCUGUACUGUGACCAGAGAGAAGCGCCGAACCUCUGUCACUCCAGAUCCAAACAUGAAGUGAAGCUGAUGGAGAAAAUCCCGGAGAGAGCUGAGGCCACUGUCGUUCUCGUAGGCAGUGUGGGCUUCUUGGACCAGCCCUCCAUGGCAUUUGUGCGACUGCAAGAAGCGGUCCUGCUGGAGUCUGUCCUGGAGGUCCCCGUGCCCGUGAGAUUCCUCUUCCUCCUGCUUGGCCCCCCCACCAUCAACAUCGAUUACCACCAGAUCGGACGUUCCAUCUCCACACUCAUGUCAGACAAGCACUUUCAUGAGGCGGCGUACCAGGCUGACGACCGCCAGGACCUGCUGACAGCCAUCAAUCGUUUCCUGGACUGCAGUGUGGUGCUCCCGCCCUCCGAGGUCGGUGGGGACGAGCUGCUGCACUCGGUGGCUCGCUUCCAACGAGAAAUGCUCCGAAAGAGGGAGGAGGAGCAGAGUGGCAAACUGCAAGAGAAACAGACCAGAAUUCAGCAGGAUGAGGAUUCCCUGGUUCCCUCCAAACCUGGUGACGAGCCCCUGAGGCGUUCAGGUCAUCUGUUCGGAGGACUGAUCAAAGACGUGAUUCGGCGCUACCCUCAGUACCUCAGUGACAUCCGAGAUGCCCUGAACCCCCAGUGCAUGGCUGCCAUCAUCUUCAUCUACUUUGCUGCACUGUCACCUGCGAUCACCUUUGGGGGACUGCUGGGUGAGAAAACAGAAGGUCUGAUUGGUGUGUCGGAGCUGAUUGUUGCCACGGCGAUGCAGGGCAUAGUAUUCAGUGUGUUGGGUGCUCAGCCUCUGCUGGUGAUUGGCUUCUCUGGACCGCUGCUGGUGUUUGAAGAGGCCUUCUACACUUUUUGUAAAGACAAUGAGAUCGAGUACCUGACAGGACGGGUGUGGAUCGGUUUCUGGCUAGUGCUCAUUGUUCUCCUCACUGUGGCCUUUGAGGGAAGCAUCCUGGUUCGCUUCGUCUCCCGCUUCACUCAGGAGAUUUUCUCCUUCCUCAUUUCCCUCAUUUUCAUCUACGAGACCUUCGCCAAGCUGGUCAAGAUCUUCCAGGAACAUCCUCUCCAAAACUGUUACCAUAGAAACAGCACAGUAUCUCUGUCUCUCUGCAACUACACCGUGGUCACUGGAGAUCCUGGGAAGGUUGUCGGCGAACCCAACACUGCUCUGCUGUCAUUAGUGCUCAUGGCGGGAACAUAUUUCAUUGCUUUCUACCUGCGCAAAUUCAAGAACAGCUCCUUCUUCCCUGGCAGGCUCCGUAGGAUCAUCGGAGACUUCGGGGUCCCCAUUGCAAUCCUGCUCAUGGUUUUGGUGGACUGGAGCGUGGAGGACACCUACACCCAGAAACUGAACGUGCCCAGUGGAUUCUCAGUUUCCAGUCCAGAGAAGCGUGGGUGGCUAAUUUCUCCCCUGGGGUCAGACGGGCAGUUUCCUAUUUGGAUGAUGGGUGCUAGCAUCCUGCCGGCCAUCCUCGUCUUCAUCCUCAUAUUCAUGGAGUCCCAGAUCACAGCGCUGAUUGUCAGUAAGAAGGAGAGGAUGCUGGUGAAGGGAACUGGUUUUCACCUGGACCUCCUCAUCAUUGUGGUGGUGGGUGGGAUCUCAGCUCUGUUUGGUUUGCCUUGGCUCUCGGCCGCCACAGUUCGGUCCGUCACCCACACCAACGCGCUCACUGUCAUGAGCAAAGCUGUUGCCCCUGGAGACAAGCCCCGCAUCCAGGAGGUGAAGGAGCAGAGGGUGACGGGCUUCCUCGUGGCAGUUUUAGUGGGUCUAUCGAUUGUGAUCGGGGAGGUUCUGCGUCAGAUCCCUCUGGCCGUGCUUUUUGGGAUCUUUCUCUACAUGGGUGUGAUGUCUCUGAACGGGAUCCAGCUCACCGAGAGGCUCAUUCUGCUGCUGAUGCCCCCGAAGUACCACCCUGAUCAAGCCUAUGUCCGCAAGGUGAGGACGUUAAGGAUGCACCUGUUCACUCUCGUCCAGCUGACCUGUCUGUCUCUCCUGUGGGUUGUCAUGGCGACAGCGGCAGCACUGGCUUUCCCCUUCAUGUUGCUGCUGACCAUACCUGUGAGGAUGCUGCUGCUUCCCCGCCUCUUUACUCGCAGAGAGCUGCAGAGUCUGGAUGCUGAUGAUGCGGAGCCUCACCUGGAGGAGAAGGAGGGGCAGGAUGAGUACUCACAGCUGCAGAUGCCCGUGUGACCCGGCAGCAGCGUGCUGAUUGGUGGAUCUGGCCUGAUGGGCUGAAGCUCCUCCUCCAGUAGAAGGUCUGUCAUGUAUCCUGUAGCAGAGCUGGACUGUACAUGCUUCUGAAAUCCUCUUUUUAUAAAGUAGAUUUUGUAUUUUCUG